AUGUUCACCAGGCUUAAGACCGUAGAGGAGGAGCGAGAGGUUUGUAUUCUUAAAGGAUAUGCAGUAAAGACAUCCAGGCUCGACACUAAAAGAUUCCUUCGCCUCAUGGAAUACAGAAGACUUCCAAAGCACAUAAAGAGAAUCAAGCCAUGGAACGGGGAUUUACUUGUACUUGUCGAUAUCGUGGAAGAUGGAGACCCGAUAAACGAUGUAGUGAAUCUUGUGGCAAGGAUGGUAGAAAGGGGGUUUGGGUCGGAGCUUUCUUUUGACGACCCGGUUUCUCUUAUUGAGACGGUAAGUGUCCCUAAAUACCAGCCGUUAACAGAUGCACAAUACAUAGAAAGCACAGCUCUUUGGCCAUGCAUCAGGUCGUCCAGGACUACUGAAGAACUAAACAUUGAAUACAUUAAAACCAUGAUAGAAGAGGUGAAGACAAGAAAGAAUGCACCGAUAUGCUGUGGAACUUGUAUUAUAGCAGAUGGAAAGAGAGCACUUUCUAUUCAUGAAGAUACAGACAAUAUUCUAGGGCAUUCCAUAUUGAAGGGCAUAGAAGAAAUUAGUAAAGCUCAAAUAUCUUAUCUAUGCACAGGUCUUGAUGCAUUUAUAUUCAGAGAGCCUUGCUUAUCAUGUUCUAUGGCGCUCGUACAUGGAAGGAUCAAAAGAGUUUUCUGUAUUAACAGGGUCUCAAAAGGCGCUUUUUCUAGUCUUAAAAUCAACUACAACAGAAGUCUGAAUCAUAGAUAUCCUGUUUACUUUAUGAACGAAGACUAUGGAGAUAAGCCGGAAUAA